AUGCGGGAGCUGGCCAUCGAGAUCGGGGUGCGAGCCCUGCUCUUUGGGGUCUUCGUUUUUACAGAGUUUUUGGAUCCGUUCCAGAGAGUCAUCCAGCCGGAAGAGAUCUGGCUCUAUAAAAAUCCUUUGGUGCAGUCAGACAACAUACCUACGCGCCUCAUGUUUGCAAUUUCUUUCCUCACACCCUUGGCUGUUAUUUGUGUGGUGAAAAUUAUCCGACGGACAGACAAGACUGAAAUUAAGGAAGCCUUCUUAGCGGUGUCCUUGGCUCUUGCUUUGAAUGGAGUCUGCACAAACACUAUUAAGUUAAUAGUGGGAAGACCUCGCCCCGAUUUCUUUUACCGCUGCUUUCCAGAUGGGGUGAUGAACUCAGAGAUGCACUGCACGGGGGACCCUGACCUGGUGUCCGAGGGCCGCAAAAGCUUCCCCAGCAUCCACUCCUCCUGUAAGUCCAAGCUGUUUCAGCAGCUUAGGACGUUUAUAAACAGCCAGAUCCAAUGCCAUAAGCACAAAAGAGUGGGCUUUAGAGCCACCACACACUGCUUUGUGAUGCCACUGGAGUGCUUAUGCCAGGGCAUGGGGAUAGAAGAACAUGUAGCCCAAGGUUGCUCUGGGCUUAGGUCAGAACGAGAGAGUGCUUCCUUCCAACUUUGCUAUUCUCAGGUCACAGUUCAUGUGAAUCGAGCAGCAAAGCCCAUAGCAGCAUCCUCGGGAGAUUUGCUCUGGGAGACGGCCUGGGUUUCCUUGACUGGAAGAGCAGGGACCACAACUGCACAGAGCAAGUGGUUUGAAAUUGAGAAUUUAAAGAAGAGUUAG